AUUUUAAAGUAAAGAACUCUGUUUAUUAAUCUUUAUGAAAUCAACAUUCAUUUAAAAGGAAAAGGAAUUGAAAAUAUUUAACGCGGGUGGUCUUAUAACCUUCUUUUAAAAAAACAACUGAUAAAAAGAAAGUGUUUUAAUAUUAACAGGAAUUAAAGAUUAUGGUUGUUAUCCAAGUGAUUGUUUAUCUGACAGUCGUGAACGCUUAAAUACCGGCGAAAUCUGAUCGUUUUAUUUUUAAGUAAGGAAAUAGCGAGUAGUCGAGUCACAGCUCAAGUACUGCUACACCACACUGGGGAGCGCGAUGGCUGUAAACACGACACUGUGUCUGUAUUGGAUUUCUUUACUCUGGAUCAUUGGUUGCAAAGGACAAGAAAGUGUAUGUCCCAGAGGAAAUGACUCAGACAGAUGUUGUUCUGGAUACAGAAAGAUAGACGGAAAUUGUACAGCUUGUAUUGGAUUCAGCGGUGAUAACUGCGAGGCAGCUUGCCCAAGUACCAACUAUGGUUCCCUUUGCAGAGAAACCUGUAACUGUACCAAUGAUGAAUAUUGCAAUACAUAUGUUGGAUGCCUCCCAAACAUAAGACUAAAGAAUACUAGUAGUUGCAAACAAGUGCACAAUGACAGUGAAUCGGUGCCAGAUUUUUCUUUUAAUAGAGAAAGUUGUAAUUUAUUGUUGUAUUUGGUCAUUGCACUUGGUGGAUCUCAUCUAAUGACUGUGAUUGUGUGUGUAGCAAUCCUGUGCUUGAAGUGCUGUAGAGUACCACCACAACGAACCAAAACAUCCAGUGACAACACAAAUAUAAGUGAGCUGCAUGCUGGGACAGAAAUUAAUCAUAACACGUCAAGAUUUCGCGGGAUUUCACGUGAAAAUGAAAACGUAAACGGUGAUCCCUACCAUACUUUGAAAAAUCAAGGUUUAUUGGAAAUUUCAACUUCUUACGAUACUUUUGCAACAGCAGAUAGAUUUAAUAAACAUGGUGACCAAAACUGGAAUGCCACAAAUCGAUGUGAUGUGCCAGCUUUUCCAAGCGAUAAUCUUCAUGUUGUUCGGAACACAACUGCGGUGAAUUCGCACGCCACACAAUCCUCCGGUAGACCUUAUAGCCUCCAAAAAUUAUGAGACGAAAAAGGUUGAGAAACAAAAGUCUUCUCAAGUGAUUGUUCAUAAAAGCCAGUCCAUUGUAAAUAAAGGAGAGUCAGUGAAUGAAACUAUGAAAAUGUAACCAUGUUCAAUUGUUUUUUUUAUAUUUUAUGAAUCUUACAUGUAUACCAUCCUUUAUUUUCUGAGUAUAUUGCGGUGCAUGUACAUUUCGGUAUUAAGUUGCUUUUAUUUUAUUGUUCAUUUUUUGGCAUACAACCUAGAGUGAUUCGACGUUUUUUUUGUUCGUGCAUUUUUGUUUAUACCAUUGAGGAUUUUUAUUGACAUUAGAAAUACAGUGUUUAAGUGUCACAUGUGGGCGAUAUUUGAGAAUUUUUGAAAUUCACAUUUGAUUGCAAUUUUCUUGCAUGUCAACGUAGUAUUGUUGCAUGUUGACAUAACUAUCUUGCAUGUCAACAUAUUUAUCUUGCAUGUCGACAUAUAUUUGAUUUGCCACCAUAAAACAGUGAUAAUUUUUGGCAUCAAUAUAUGUAGCGUCAUGUUGUCUGCAUUGUAUAUCUAAAAUGUAGUUAAAGAUGGAUUACAAAAAGUCUAUCUUUUACACAUAGAAGUCAACAUUUCAUUACAUAUUUUGUUUAUGCUAUAAUUGAUUAGAUUAAUGAUUAAAGAUAUAAUUAAAGAAUAAGGGACGUUAUUGGCCGAAUUAUGCCGUGUUUCUAUGUUCCUCGGACUUGAAAAACUUUUUCAUGGAAAGAGCACGUGGUGCAGCUCGCGGGCUGAUUUGAUUGAAAGGUCUAGUACGUGGACUCCGAGUGAAACUGCUUUGUUGGAUUCUAUCACAAUGUACAUUACUUAAACGAUAAAAUUUUAGUGAAUUACAAAUGAAAUGUACCCCCCCUCUCUCUCUCUCGUAGUUUCUUCAAACAAAUGACGUCUAAACAAAAUGUUUAAAGUGUCCAAUAAAGAAGAAGUCCAAUAAUUAAAGAGAUGAUCACAAAAGAAACUCUAUCUAAAUUGUUAAAGUGUCUUAUAAAGAUUAAGUCAAAAAUUUUAAGACAAGAUCACGGAAGGAACUUUAUAUACCGCCUUACUGAUUCUACGAUCCCUUUAUAAAAAUGAAUAUACUAAAUGUGCAGUGUAGGAACGGAAGUGUUCAGUUUUGGGUAGCGCUGUUUGUCGAAGCGAAUAUUAAACAAAUAGAAGAGGUAGCUCUGAUUUUAAUCAAAUGAAUUGAUAAAUGGAUGUAAAAAAAUUUCCUUAACAACUCAGUACGUUAUGGUAAUAAACUGCCACAAGUUUAAAAGGUGUUAUUCCUUUUGCAACAAGAUUUUCAAUGAACUUUUUGACAAUCAGGGUCACAUUCAAAAAUUGAAAUGAUUACUAUGUACGAAAAACAAUCAUUACGACAGAAUAGGGGACAUGUAGAGGUAGAUAUAUACCUCAAGAGAAUAAUAUGACCUGUAGAGUGACCUUAAGUAGAAAAAUUCCUCAGAAUAUCAGUUGUCAGUAUUUCAUACUGUACGCAUAGCGCAAUUUUAAGCAUUUAUUUAGAUUUUUACUGUACGCGUAGUUCUAUGAUUAAGUAUUGGUUUGUAAUGAUAAGUUAACUCAAUAAAAUUGCCAUUGUAUGAAUGGACUCAUUAAUUAAAAAAAAAUUCAAUGAUGAAAAACAAAUAUUUUUGCCGCGAUUUUUUUUAAUUAGUAGUUUUUUAAUAGACCUUGCACAUCCUUUUACAUAGCUGUCAUAUGCAAAUGAGUGCUAAACUGAAAACAACUAUAUGUGUAUAUGUUUUGGAUUCAGGAAAUUUAAAAGCGGAGAACUGGUACACUGUCAGGUAUUUGGGUUCAAGUAUUUAUAUUGACAAAUGGACUAGAAACGUUAUAUAAAAUAUACUUGCAGUAUACGCAAUUGAUAUCAAAACCCUUGAUAAUUUAAUUCUCAGGAAUAAAUUGAAAAGAGUGUAUUUUUUUUUCAAAAAACGUAGAGGAAAUGUACGUUACUACUACUGUAAUUAACAAAAGAAUUCUACAGGUAAAACUUCUUAUUACAUGUAUAGGUAACUUUGGUUAUUUAACAACAAUUUAUAUGCUCUCCAAAAAGGAUGUUGAAAAGAGUGUAUUUUUUUUCAAAAUAACGUAGAGGAAAUGUACGUUACUACUACUGUAAUCAACUAAAGAAUUCUACAGGUAAGACAAUUAUAUAAUUCAGGUACAAUUUAAGACUCUUGUUGUGUUAGCAAUGCAUACGUCCAACUAAAUCAACAAAACAUUCUUUGCACAAAUGAAAACUAUCAUCUAGUUUUUUUUAUUGAUAAAUGUGUAUUUUGUGAUCUAAGUAAAUAAACAAAAUGUUUAAAAGGCUUCUUAUUUUUCUUAUGGCCAUUUCGUUUGGUGAUCAAGUUUGAAUUAUUUUGUUUUGAAUGGAUAUUGCAACUUAAUAUGUACAUGUAUCAUUUACUUUUUUUUUGACAUUUAUAUACGUUUCAUAUGUUUAUGGACAAUUUCAAUGUAUAAUUGUAAUGUACAUUUCAUAAUCAGCGUAGUUGGAAUAAAUCAAUAAAUUUCGGCUUUUUCAUGUCCAUGUUUUCUAAUUUGCAAUAUUUUGAAGUAUCACAAUUGCUUUGCAAGUCAUAGCAGACAUGUAAGAUACAAUUUAAACAGAUUGAAUUUGGUAACGUACAUUUCAAAAUAGUAGUUAUGAAUAAAAAAUAUCAAUAAAUCAACAAUUAGAUUUAAAAUUCCUACGGUGUUUAACAGGAAUAAUAACAAACAAAGUACUGAAGUACUAACGGGAGUUGAUUUUAUCGGUUAUUAUUUAUUUUAAA